AUGAACUCAGCGGUCAGCACCGAGUCCAUGGAUAUGGCUGAGGAGGAGAUGUCUCAGGUGGAGGGUUGUGAGCGCCAUGAGCGACGAGGUCACCAAGCAACUAGCGGCCGCUGGCCCAGUAGGCAUGGCGGCAGCAGCAGCGAUCGCCUCAUCCAAGAAACGCAAGAGACCGCACUCAUUCGAGACGAACCCCUCCGUAAGGAAGAGACAUCAGAACAGACUGCUGAGGAACUUAGACAAACGAUCGAGGAGUUUGCGACCCGCGUGGGUCAGCAAGCGGUGGUGCUGGUAGCGACCCCCGGCAAGCCCAACACUUCAUACAGGGUGUUUGGAGCUAAACCACUAGAAGACGUUGUACGGAACCUGCGCUGUAUGAUCAUGGAGGAGCUCGAAAAUGCGCUCGCGCAGCAGUUCGGGCUGGGCGGGUGCGCGCAGGCGCCGCCGCCGCCGCAGGACGACCCGUCGCUGUUCGAGCUGCCGCCGCUCAUCAUAGACGGGAUCCCCACGCCCGUCGAGAAGAUGACGCAGGCGCAGCUGAGGGCCUUCAUACCGCUCAUGCUCAAGUACUCCAUGGUCCGCGGUAAGCCGGGCUGGGGCCGGGAGUCGACGCGGCCGCCGUGGUGGCCCAAAGACCUGCCCUGGGCUAACGUAAGGAUGGACGCGCGCUCCGAGGAUGAAAAACAAAAGAUGUCGUGGACGCACGCGCUGCGGCAGAUCGUGAUCAACUGUUACAAGUACCACGGACGAGGACCUGCCUUCACCGAAAACGACAAAGGUAUGCUACUUAUGUCGUGGACGCACGCGCUGCGGCAGAUCGUGAUCAACUGUUACAAGUACCACGGACGACGCUGUUCAGCACUAACCUUCACCGAGGACGACGACGACAAGCAGGCGCCGCAGACUUCGUCGUCGUGUGCUAGCGGCAGCACUAGUCGCUCGCAGCCGGCCGUGCUCGCCUCGCAGCAAGUCUGCAUCGACCAGAUGACGCUGGCCGAUGUCGAUAUGUCCCAGUACGCGCCGGCCAUGCUGCAGACGAUCACCAACCCUGACGGGACCGUGUCUCUCAUACAAGUGGACCCUAACAGUCCUAUCAUAACCUUGCCUGAUGGUACCACCGCUCAAGUGAUCCACAGCGGGUCCGAGGGUGCAGCCAGUGUGGUGCAGGCUCUGGAGGGCGAGGGCGCGGUCGCUGUGGACCUGAACGCUGUGGCGGAGGCCACGCUCAACCACGACGGACAGAUUAUACUCACUGGGGAGGAUGGACACGGUUACCCGGUGUCAGUGUCGGGUGUGAUCACAGUGCCCGUGUCAGCGUCCGUGUACCAGUCGAUGGUGGCCUCGAUGCAGCAGCAGGACGGAGUGUGUGUCACACCGCUAGUACAGGUGGAGCAAGGUGGCGAGACGCUGGAGGCUCUAUCAAUGGGCGGAGGAGUAGCCCAGGUUGUGUUACAGGGAGGGGAGCAGGUUUUGCAGGUGUUGAGUCUCAAGGAUGCAUCCGUGCUCACCAAGGCCAUGGUACAGAUACUAUGA